AUGAGUGACGACACAGAAAGAGUAAGCGUUCAUGGCCGAAUUUUCCAGAAGAUAUCGCUAGACGAGAAAAUCUAUUUCGCCCCGGUGGCCAUCGACGACCGCGAGGAGAGCAGACUGACUGCCCAACAUGAUCUCGUGUCCAGACUCUUGGGGAACAGGCUGUUUUCCGACCGGAUACCAGUAACAGAACCUCAGUCGAUACUGGAAUGCGGUUAUGGGGGAGGUGACUGGGCUGUCCAGUGUGCAGAUGAAUUUGAGGACUGCGAGGUCACCGCUAUUGAUAUAUUUCCUAUGCAAGUUUCAGAUCAACCCGAGAAUUUAGAACUGAUCGGCCACAAUCUUAACGAUCCACUCCGCGAUCCCGAUAUUUUCAAAGCAAAUCAAUAUGACUUAAUCCACUCGCGAUUUGUAUUUCCGGGAAUAAAAACGGGGAGAUGGCCUAGGUACAUUAGAGACAUGAAGCUCCUGCUACGACCAGGAGGAUGGGUUCAAGUCAUGGAGUACCUCCCCAUCAUCCAGUCUCAUAACGGACGUCUCACAGAGAAUUCUGCAGUCAGGAGGUGGUGGCAGUCAUACCAGGCUGCAAUGAUGAGGAUGGAUAGAGAUCCAAGGAUAGGUCGUCGCUUGUCUCAGCUGCUUGUUGAGAACAGGUACCGCGAUGUAGCAGUCGAUAUUUUGCAGCUCCACAUCGGUGGCUGGCCCGCAGACCCAGUCAAGGCCAAUAUGGGAGAAGAGGCAAUUGAUGUAAUUGGCGAUCUCCUCGAGUCGAUUGGGCUUUGGCCAUUCACUGCGGAGCUUGGUUGGACGGCUGCACAGUUUGACCAUCUCAUGGGAGAGGUUCGCGAAGAGCUCGAGGAUGUCGGGUUGAAGCUAUAUAUGGAAAUAUUUGUCGGACGAGGACGGAAGAGUACUGGCUAA